AUGGGUCAGGCAUCCACACAAUUCGACACCAACUACACUUUAGUAAAUUAUACCGAAAUAUAUGAUGCAAUUGACGUCGAUAAAGACAUUUGCGCCGUCGCAGAUGACCCUAAGUACCCGAGUAGCUUCGGUAUCACCCUGGCCGUCCCAGAAUGGGAGGCCAUUUGCACAGCUAUAGUACUCACCCUUAUAAUCAUAUCGACAAUAGUUGGGAACAUCCUAGUCAUCUUGAGCGUCUUUACGUACAAACCUCUGAGGAUAGUUCAAAACUUCUUCAUAGUAUCCUUAGCAGUUGCAGAUCUCACUGUGGCUAUACUCGUACUGCCCCUCAACGUCGCUUACUCGAUCCUGGGACAAUGGGUGUUUGGAAUUUACGUGUGCAAAAUGUGGCUGACGUGCGACAUAAUGUGCUGUACAUCAUCCAUCUUGAACCUGUGCGCGAUCGCCCUCGACAGGUACUGGGCCAUUACGGAUCCCAUAAAUUACGCACAAAAGAGAACUUUGGAAAGGGUUUUGCUAAUGAUCGGAAUAGUAUGGAUACUCUCUUUAGUCAUUAGCUCCCCUCCCCUACUAGGAUGGAAUGAUUGGCCUGACGUAUUUGAACCGGACACGCCAUGUCGCUUGACUUCACAACCAGGCUUUGUCGUCUUUUCGUCAUCUGGAUCUUUCUACAUUCCUCUAAUUAUUAUGACUGUAGUUUACUUCGAAAUAUACUUGGCCACCAAAAAAAGACUACGAGACCGUGCUAAGGCAACAAAAAUUAGCACUAUAUCCUCCGGUCAGAAUAGGUUUGCCGCAAAAGACAGCGACCAAAAUGACCAAGACUCAGUGAGCUCGGAAGCCAAUCACAACGAGCAUCACGGCGUAACACAUCUGGUGUCCGACAGUGAAAAGAAAAAGCGAACCAGAAAACUGACUCCAAAGAAGAAACCCAAAAAGCGAUAUUGGAGCAAGGACGACAAGUCACAAAACAAACUUAUCAUUCCAAUUUUGUCCAACGAGAAUUCUGUAACAGAUGUGGUAGAAAAUAUAGAGAAUAGGAAUACGUCGUCCGAAAGUAAUUCGAAAGAAACACACGAGGAUGAGUUGUUGCCAGCAAACGAGCCGGCGAGUAAGCCUCCGAAGCGAGCGAAGCCGAGUCAACAAAACACUGUUUACCAAUUCAUUGAGGAGAAGCAGCGCAUCUCGUUAACUAGGGAGCGACGCGCGGCCAGGACUCUCGGAAUCAUAAUGGGAGUGUUUGUAGUGUGCUGGCUGCCUUUCUUCGUGAUUUAUCUUGUGAUCCCAUUCUGCGCGAGCUGUUGUUUAUCAAACAAGUUCAUAAACUUCAUAACGUGGCUCGGAUACGUUAAUUCAGCUUUGAACCCCCUCAUCUAUACUAUUUUCAAUAUGGAUUUCAGAAGGGCGUUCAAAAAACUACUUUUUAUAAAGCCGUAGUGUACUUGUGCCAAAACGGUGUAGU